UUAUUUUUUUAAAUUUUACUAUCUCUGUUCGAUAAUGUUAAUACAGUAAAGAAAAUCAAAAAUUAUACUAAUCGAAAAUGUUACAAGAAAGUAAUUCAGCAGCCACCACAGGUGCGAAACACGUUUUCAUUACUUCGUUAAUCUCAGGUGCUCUCGCAGGAACCAUGUGCGAUUUUAUAUCAUUUCCUUUGGAUACUCUUAAAACGCGAUUACAAAGUCAACAUGGUUUCUUAAAAUCUGGUGGUUUUAGACAAUUGUAUAAGGGUUUAGGCCCCGUAAUGAUAGGAUCCGCACCAUCAGCUUCGUUAUUUUUUAUAACUUAUGAAACUUUAAAAAUAAUGUUUCAACCUCAAAUACCUGAACAAUAUCACGUGUUUAUACAUAUGACUGCCGCGUCAGUCGGAGAAAUGGUUGCAUGUCUUAUUCGAGUCCCAGUAGAAGUAGUGAAACAAAGGAGACAAGCAUUUUUAAGCGAUGCCCACAAAUUACCUUUGAGAGCUUUAUAUCGUGGUUACGGAAGUACUGUGAUUAGAGAUUUACCGUUCGGUUUAAUUCAAAUGCCACUCUGGGAAUAUUUUAAACUUUAUUGGAAAAAACACGUGAAACGUGAGUGCACGCCUAUGGAGGGUGCUAUCUGCGGAUCGGCGUCAGUUGCUAUAUCUGCGGCCCUAACGACACCUUUAGACGUUGCAAAAACUAGAAUAAUGUUGUCAAAUGUGACGGUAGGGAAAGAUGAAAUAAAAAUAUCCGCGAUGUUAAGCAAGGUUUACCACGAUCAUGGUUUUAAAGGACUUUUUGCAGGCUUUGUACCAAGAGUAUGUGGUUUUACUAUUAGCGGAUUCGUAUUUUUUGGUGUUUACGAAAAAGUUAAAGAAAUUUGUAUUGCGGUUUUGCCACCAUAAUGUUGUGAAAGAUACAUUUAUAAAUAUAAAUCAUGGUUAAUAUUUUGUCAAAUGAUACUACCAUAGAGUCAAAAUAGAAAGAAAAUUGAGAUAGAAGUUAAUUUCGUAUGUAUUUGGUAGUAAUUUUAUCAUAAAUAUUGCAUGUUAAUCUAUCAUCAGCAAUAUAAUAUAUCAAUGAAUAAGAAAAUUUUUUUAAACUUUUUUUAUAAUCACAUCGCAUUUGUUAUAAUAUAUUUUAUUACUUUUUCUAUUUCUACUAUCUUUACCUAUUCUUAUUACUUUUCAGAUUUCAAAGAGAAAGAGUAUUUAUGUUACAUUGAAUUUUACUCAUGACAUAGAAGAAUACAAAAUGAAAAUAUAAUUGCAUUUAUAUUUUAAUUAUUAACAGAAAGACAUACUGUAGUUUUUUUAUCACAAAUUUUGCAUUUAAAUUGUAAUAAUUAAAAAUGAGAAAGCACACUUUUAUUCUACAAUAUAUCUAAAUGAAUGUGAGCAUGCACGUAUCAGGAAAGAAAUAAGGAAUACAAAGAAAUGUAAAAUAUAAAGUAUAUUUAAAAAUAAUCAACAAACAUGAAAAUUUUCCUUACAUUUACAUAUAAUAAUGUGUCGAGUUAUAAUAUACUGCACAUUAAUUUAUAUUCGUGAUAUUCACUUGUACAAAAUAAUAUAAAAUAUGAUAAAUAAGAAAAUUAUGGUAAUUUUUAA